AUGGCAGCGGCGGGCGACAGGAGCGAGCGCGGUGCCGGGAAGGAGGGUGAGAGGCGACCUGGUGGAAAUGCAGGCGGCGGAACGAGCGGGACUGACGCGGAAGAGUCGAGAGUCUACAUCGUCCGGUUCCGCACAGCGCCCCCUGUCACCGCAUACACCGGUGGAUUUGAGGGCCUCAGCCCCACCGCCGUGUCGUCACAAGGCCGCGGGAGAGGCAAGUCUGGGCGGUAUCGUUUGGACUCUAGUGAUAAGCGGGUGGUGGCGUACUCGCAGCACGUGCAGGCGAUGCAAGACGCGGAGUUGACACGUGGCGGAGUGGAUGCGAGGAAGCAGAAGCUGUACAGUUACACGUUUGCGCUCAACGGAGCAGCAGUGCGCCUCACCCCCGCGCAGGCGGCUGCGCUGCGCAAGCAGGCGGGCGUGUCGGCGGUGUCGGCGUCCGCGCGACUGCAUGCGCGCACCACGUACACGCCGUCGCUGCUGGGAUUGCGCAACCGCAUGUGGCGGUGGCAGGACGGGCGGGGCAGGGUGCUCAAGGGGGAGGACGUGAUCGUGGGCGUCAUCGACACGGGCGUGUGGCCCGAGAACCCCGCCUUCACUCACCACGUCUCUCCACCAUAUGGCCCCGUUCCCGCGCGGUGGAAGGGGGGGUGCGGCAAGGAGAAUGCAGGGGACUUUCCGGCACGGCUGUGCAACGGCAAGCUGGUGGGCGCCAAGUACUUCAUGAAGGGCUUUGCGGCGGACGACCCGGUGGACUGGCGCUCCGACUACGCGUCGCCCAGGGACGUCGUGGGCCACGGCACGCACACCUCCAGCACGGCAGCAGGCAACCAGUGGAACCAAGUGACCCUGGGCAACGUGACGUUCGGCACAGCCAGUGGGGUGGCGCCCAGGGCCCGCGUGGCCAUCUACAAGGUGGUGUGGGCGGGCAAGGACGGGAGCUACAGCGCGGACACGGCGGACGUGGUGGCGGCCAUAGAGGCGGCGAUAGCGGACGGCGUGGACGUGGUGAGCCAGUCGCUGGGCAAGAUGUUCUCGUCGCCCUUCGACGCCGACGAGAUCGCCUUCCUGCACGCCGCUCAGGCGGGCAUCUUCACGGCCGUGGCGGCGGGCAACAUGGGCGGGCAGCUGCUGAGCAUGCUGGACCACCCCGCGCCGUGGUACACCACCGUCGCCGCCAGGUCAGGCCCUCUCGCCACCCACUGCUCCUCCUGCUCUCCCUGCUCGCGCCAUGCGCGUGCCGCCAAUAGCAUCCAUGCCGCUCUCACUCUGGCGUGCAGACCCCAUGCGCUGCUGCACCGCGCCAGCACCCCAACAUGUGCCCUGCCACACACACACACACGCACAUGUGCGCGCUGUGCCAUCAGCCGUCCUCUUCGCCCCCUUUCCUCUCAUGUCAUCCGCGCCCUCCCCCUUGUCCCCCGCAGCGAUACUGGGCGGCGCUAUGCCACGAAGCUCACGGUGGCGGGCAACCGCACGUUUGUGGGGCUCUCCUUCGUGGGCCACCCGCCUCUCACCACAGCCGCGCCUGCUGUGUUUCCCCUCGUGGAAGGGGAGGCAGCAGUGGCUGCAGGGCAAUCCAAAGCGCGGGUAAGAAGGCAGGGUGCGGCGGGUGGGGGCGAUGGUCGACCCAUCGCACGGCAGGCGCGCUAUUGCAAGGCGGGGUCCCUGGAGCCUGGCAAGGUGAAGGGCGCCAUCCUCAUCUGCAUCCGCCCCGACUCAGACAACCUCGACAUUGACAGGGCAACUGACACGCUGCCAAUGAGCCGUGUGGCGGCUGCUAACGGGGCAGCGGGCGUGGUGAUCAUCAACGCAGCUCCCAAGAUGGGCACAGCCGCUGUCAUGCAUCCCAUCCCGGCAUGCCACUUGAACGUGUGGGCCCUGCAGCCCCUUCUGACGCUGCUGCGCAGUACGACGAGCCCCCUGGGCUCCCUGUCCCCUGCUCUGACAGUGUACAGCGAUGCCCCCACACUCGCAGCCUUCUCCUCCAGGGGCCCCGUGGAAGACCUGGAUGGGGCGGCAGGGCGCGCCUUUGGGCGGCAGUUAAACGACGUGGUGAAGCCAGAUGUGGCGGCGCCGGGGGUGGAGAUAUGGGCGGCGUGGACGCAGUCUGUGAAGCAGGACGCGCUCAGUGCCAUUGCCCCCGGUCAGACCCACCUCCCUCUCAACUCGCACCUUACUGUGCCAGGCGCACUGGCAGGGGUGCACCAACCUCGCAAUGGGCAUGCUCACGUUUUCAUGUGCAAAUCUGAAUCAUCAGCGUCUAGUUGCCCCUGGGUUGCGGGGCGCGCUGGCGCGCUUAGCAGCGGGGCGCGCUUAGCAGCGGGGCUCGCUAGCGCGCUUCGCAGUGGGGCGCGCUGGCGCGCUGGGCUGCGGGGCGCGCUGGCGCGCUGGGCUGUGGGGCGCACUGGCGCGCUAGGCUGCGGGGCGCGCUGGCGUGCUUAG